GUCACGUGACUGUACGCCUGCGACGUUCUUUAGUGUGCACAGCGGGAUUCCGUGUAGUGGCACGGAGCAGGUUUCCUUUCUUUCUUUUUUUUUAGUUCGUUUCAGGUUUCGCCGGCAAAAGUCUGCUCUGAAAGAGGUGGCAGAGAAACGGUGUCUCCCGUUCCAGGCAAGGUGCGCUGACCCGCUUCUCCGACGAGAGACUCCCAGUAGCAGGUGGACAUCGCCCGGACGUGUUCGAGCCUGAGCGAUGAAGGUGGAAGUGGCCAGCAAGCGGAAGAACAUCCUGGGCGAGGGCCCUCACUGGGACGAGCGGAGCGGGACGCUUCUCUUCGACGAUGCCCGCGGUCCCGAAGUGGUCCGCUACGAUCCGCAGUCCAGGACCGAGACGGAGAUCCUCAAGCUCGACCACGAGAUCGGCAACCUGAUCCCGUACGCCGAGGACAACCGGAAGCUGAUGGUGUGCAUGGGCAACGGCGUUUACAAGGUGGACCUUGACACCAAACAAAAGACGCUGCUGGCCGAGAUGCUGGACAAGGACUCCGCCGUCCCUACGCGCAUCAAUGACGGAAAGUGCGACGCUCUGGGACGUCUCUGGGCCGGUUCGAUGCCCAUGGAAGUCGACCUCGAGGGUAUGGUCCAGGGGAAGAACAACUUCUGGUCUUACUCCAAGGGGCAACUGAAGCACAAACUCGACAAGAUUUCCCUCUCCAACGGAAUCACGUGGACGGCCGACAACAAGACGAUGUUCUACAACGACUCCGUGCCCGGGAAGGUCUUCGCUUUCGACUUCGACCUCGCGUCCGGUGAUAUAAGUAACCGGCGUGUGCUGGCCGAGUUCAAGGUGACCCCCGGCUACCAGCAGCUGGGCUUUCCCGACGGCAUGACCAUAGACGUAAACGACAAGAUCUGGAUGGCCUGUUUUGCAGCAGGCGCUGUGGUGCAGAUCGACCCCGAGACCGCUAAAGUCCUCACCAAGAUCAGUUUUCCGGCCAAGUACACUACGUCAUGCUGCUUCGGAGGGAAGAACUACGACACUCUCUACGUCACUUCCGCUAGCUUCCCCCCCGACGCCACGAGGCCUGAAGACGGACUGCUCUUCCAAGUGACCGAGCUCGGCGUGAAAGGAAAAGCGGCAUUCGAAUUCGCUGGCUAAUGCCCCGGACACCGUGGGAAAACCGAUUUAGCACAGCUUAUAUGUAAACCGGGAUAUCGGCGGCCAUGGAUGGAUGGAUGGAUGGUUUGUAUAAGCGUCCCCUUGGAAAGGGUGCGCUGGCUUUGCGCACCAAUGACAUAUUUUUCUUAUUUCGUCGAAUGUCUUACCUCUCUUACUUUUUUAACAAACAAUAAAUACUCUGCAACAAACUUUUUUCAGUA